GAAAACCAGCAAACACACACUCAGUGAUUUAGCGACAAAAUGAUCACAUCUGAACACGGAUGACACUUAAAACAGAAAUUUUACACGUGCAUCAUUAACGCGAACAAAUGUUUCAACGCGUCAUUCGCGCGCCGCUGCACCAGAGACUCGGACGCGUUCGUGGAUGAACAAUGAAAACAUGACGCUUACAGAUUAAAGCAACAGAAGAAACUCUUUUAUACCAACACUGUGGUAAAAUCAGACAUUCGAGUGAAAUAAAGCCAAGUUCAUGGCGUUUUUAGUGAAGAAGAAGAAGUUUAAGUUCCAGACUCACUUCACUCUGGAGGAGCUGACGGCUGUGCCCUUUGUCAAUGGAGUUUUAUUCUGUAAAAUGAGACUGAUAGAUGGAGAUUUCACGGCUUCAUCCUCUAGAGAAGAAGUCCACGACAACUCGGUCCGAUGGAGAAAGAGGUUCUCCUUUGUGUGCAAAAUGAGCGCCAAUCCUAACACGGGUGUUCUGGACCCCUGCGUGUGUCGCGUCUCUGUCAGGAAGGAACUGAAAGGAGGAAAAGCAUAUUCAAAGCUGGGCUUUGCUGAUCUGAACAUGGCCGAGUUCGCCGGUUCUGGCUCCACCGUACGCUGCUGUCUGCUGGAGGGAUACGACACCAGAAACACACGGCAGGACAACUCCAUCCUAAAGGUGACCAUUGGAAUGACCCUGUUAUCUGGAGAUCCCUGUUUUAAAACAGCCCCGAGCACCGCCAAAUGUAUAGCGGUGGCGGGUCGAGAUCACUCCCUGCAGCCGGGCUGUAAAGGAGAGGGGACGUCUGAUGUCUUAAGAGCUUCUGUACUCAUUUCUGGACUUUCUGAGGAGGCGGAUCAGAGUCCUGAAGAAUCGUUUCACACGGGUCAUUCACGCAACUCGAGUUAUGCCAGUCAACAGAGUAAACUCUCAGGCUACAGCACAGAGCACUCGUGUUCCUCCAGUUUGUCUGAUCUGACACACCGCAGGAACACGUCUACAGGCAGCAGUGUGAGCGCUGACCCGCCGUCUGAGAGCGACACCCGUCCCGAACGACCUCCACGACCACCGCGACCCCUGUUACCCUCCAACAGACCUCCACGGAGGAAGCAGGACUCGGUGGAGGAUCACCCGUCCUGGGUCAAUGACACGCGCAUGGACGCCGAUGAUAUUGUGGAGAAGAUCGUUCAGAGCCAAAACUUUGCUGACAUCAGUAACAAUGAAGAUAGUAACCUGAGAUUGUUUGUAAGCAGAGAUGGAACGACGGCGUUGAGCGGCAUUCAGCUGGGAAACAGAGUCUCUGCUGGUGUGUUUGAGCCUGUGGUCAUUGAAAGUCAUUAGAUUCCUGCGACGUCUCAGUCCAAACCUCUUCUGACGUCUCCAGGAGUCUGAACCCCAUACGACACUUUGUUUGUUUGUGUCUUUGAAGUCAGCGUGUUCUGCUGCAGUUGCACAACAGAAGAGCGUUUAGGAGUAGAACCUGAACCACUAACAUGUGUUCUAUAUUUAUGUUGUCUACAUGCGGCCGUGUUGGUCUUGUUUGUUACCGCUUUUGUCUGAUUCUGUGUAUUUGUAGUGUGACGUCUGCUCAGUGUUAAGAGAAGUAUAAAACGCAUCGGAUCUUGACUUGAUAAGAACUCUAUAAGAUUUUCCUGAUGUGUGACGUGUAUCCUGGAGUAUCAGCUGGUCUGAAUACAGUGAAAGGACGGACGUUGGUUUCCGACCUUCAGGAAAAAUCUUGUCCAUUGUCUUGUAUCCGACAGGUGUUCAUUGUGUCUUUAUCACGACCUUCAGCUGAUUCCCGGCAGAAGCGAACGAAGCCGUUGCUGUGCGACACAAUAUUCCCACGUAUUGUAUAACAAGUGUUAUCAAAAUCAAUUAUCGCACUUUAUGGGUGAAUCUCGCGAGAACGUGUCAGGGUCAAAAUUCCUCCAAAAUCUAAAGACAAAAAUGACACGUAUUCAACAUGAAGAAAAGUCUAUUAAGAGCAUUUUAUUUGCAUUUUUACAUUCACAUUUUUGUGUCAAUAUAAUAGAAUAGAUAUCAUUUUCUUUAAGAAAUACUUUUUCUUUCUUUCUUCAGGAGUGAAAUGUGACCCUGAUGUGUUUUUACAUGUUUUUGUCGGAUUCGCUCUUAAACUCUUUUGGGGUGCCAAACUAUAGUUCGAUCAUUUUAUGAUCAUGUUUAUUUGGACAAAAUAAGAAUUUGGUCUAACAUAAAGAGCCGUUUAAUAUCGCUCUAUACAGUCAGUCUAAUGCAGUCAGGGCAGGACCGAUGACUGUUUGAUUCUUCAGAAUAUCUUAAGAGACAUCCAGUCACGUGUUUUUGAAAUCCUUCAACCGAACAGCAUUGUUUGACACUCCGAGAAACUUCACCCCAUCGCCUAUUUUCCUUCCCAGAAAUUCCCUAGAGAAAUUAAGAUUGUGUUUUACAGUAACAAGCGUUUCAAAUGCUUUUGAAGUUUCAGUGUCUGGAAAACUGUGAUUCAUGCGUGCGGUGCUGUCUGUAUGAACCGAGUGCUUGUGGAAAUCUCUGAACCGAGUUUUUAAAGUAUGCGGAUUUUAUUCUUUUUUAAGAGCAGAUUUUCUCUUGUUUCUUAUCAUUAGAAUAUAAUCUGGAUUUGCUCACCUUGUAACAAACAUUUUCUCUGUAGAGUUUUGGCAUUUUUAAGUUUUUGUUAGAAAAACCUGAUGCACUUAACAUGAACUUUCACAGGCAGUAUGACGUUCAUCCGCUCGGCACCAAACGCAGCUUUCCAUCUUCUGGAUUUUAAUUUAGAGCACCAAAUGCACGAGCUCUGUGUAUCUCCUGCAAAUAAGAUAACCUUUGUAAAGCUAUAGACGUAUAACUUAAGAAAGAUCUAUCAUUUCAAUGAAAAUCACUUGUAUUUCUCAGUAGUGCACUAUUUCUGUGAAUCUAAGCUGUUUUUAAUGAAUAAA